AUGUCAAGAGGGUCUCCAAAUCCCAGCUACUGCCCGCCUAAUAUGUCUGACGACAAAGGGCAAGUCCUGCUUAGCAGGCUUGUGAAGAUUUCGACUGCUUUAUCAGGCAGGUCACGGGAGGUGCUAGAGCCGUUCAAGGGGGAAAUUCGGACCUUGAGCCACAUAUUCGGAGUUCUCGAUGCAAAGCUGAACAACGAGGCUGCCGAUUCCACGUCCUUAUCGGAGAGUCCUUUUGGAGCCGCAUCGAGGCGGACAUCCCCCAUUAAGACCACGAUCCAGGACCUACCUGAACUGGCGGCGCCUAUAUGUCUUACCCACGCUUCAAAUACAGAAAUCCAUCAGAUCUUUCACCAGGCAUGGACACAUUUCUGCUCCUCUCAAGCGCGUUUCGAGCAACUCAAAUCUUGCUCGACCUUUGGCUGGUUCGACAAGGACGUAUGCCUUCUCCAUCUGAGCUACAUCUCGUCCCUGAACCAGCAUCGUCGAUUUCGAGAGCUCGAACUAAGCGAAAGGCUUCUCUUACUCUGCUCUUGUAUGUCAUUUGCCGCAGAGUUCCGAGAUUUCGAACGUAGGAACGGCUGGAUCGCAAAGGAAGAUUCGCUGCUUUCGAGUUUGCUGGAAGGUGUCUCGCCGGCCGUGCAGAGAAUCAAGAAGAACACCAAGGCUUUCUACGACGAACUUGGCAUUUCCAGAGCAGAGGAAGGGAAGGUGGCCACGGGACUUCGGCUUGGCACGAAGCUCAAUGUAGUAGAAAGGAUCGGACGACAGCACGGUUUCAGCGCAUUUUUAUCUCUCCUUUUGGUGUUCGAGCUGGCACGAAUAUACCGGAUCCGGUACGACAGCCUUUUGAACUUGAUACCGAGCCUGAGAGACGGAUCCGAGGCAUUUGCGCCGAUUAGGCUGUUGGCUGGGGAGUAUGGACCUUGGUGGGAAGCAUGCCAAAGUCGCUACUCUGCCAAAUUUGUGAAACCUGAGAAUCAUCAAGACAAAGCGAAAGGGUCAAGUGUCAACACAAUGUACGCAGCAUUCGACGAAGGCGUCAGUUUCCCUGAACCACCUCCACUUAACGUGCCAGACGAUUUGCCAGUCUCGCUCGACAGUCAUCCUCUAUUCGAUGAAAGUUCGCUCAUGGCUCCAUCUUUUGGACUCGAGUUCGAAUGGCCGCAGGUGUGA